AGUUUUCCCAUUUUGCCUAUUCGGGGUUCGGUGGCGGCCGGGCUCGGGGCCGACGUACCGCCAUGGGGUCGUCAAAGAAGCACCGCGGGGAGAAGGAGGCGGCCGGGACCACGGCGGCGGCCGGCACCGGGGGCGCCACCGAGCAGCCGCCGCGACACCGAGAGCACAAAAAACACAAGCACCGGAGUGGUGGCAGCGGCGGCAGCGGCGGCGAACGACGGAAGCGGAGCCGGGAACGGGGGGCCGAGCGCGGGGGCGGGCGGCGCGGGUCUGAGACUGAGGCCCGCAGCGGUGCGCACGGGCGGGAGCGCAGCCAGGCCGAGCCCUCCGAGCGGCGCGUGAAGCGGGAGAAGCGGGACGAUGGCUACGAGGCCGCUGCCAGUUCCAAAACUAGCUCCGGAGAUGCCUCGUCCCUUAGCAUCGAGGAGACCAAUAAACUCCGGGCAAAGCUGGGGCUGAAACCCUUGGAAGUCAAUGCCGUCAAGAAGGAGGCGGGCACCAAGGAGGAGCCCGUGGCAGCCGAUGUCAUCAACCCCAUGGUCUUGCGACAGCGAGAGGAGCUGCGAGAAAAGCUGGCAGCUGCCAAAGAGAAGCGCCUCCUGAACCAAAAGCUGGGGAAGAUAAAGACUCUGGGGGAGGAUGACCCCUGGCUGGAUGACACUGCAGCCUGGAUCGAGAGGAGCCGGCAGCUGCAGAAGGAGAAGGACUUGGCAGAGAAGAGGGCCAAGCUGCUGGAGGAGAUGGACCAGGAGUUUGGUGUCAGCACUCUGGUGGAGGAGGAGUUCGGGCAGAGGCGGCAGGACCUGUACAGUGCCCGGGACCUGCAGGGCCUCACUGUGGAGCAUGCCAUUGACUCCUUCCAAGAAGGGCAGACUAUGAUCCUUACCCUGAAGGACAAAGGCGUGCUGCAGGAGGAGGAGGACGUGCUGGUGAACGUGAACCUGGUGGAUAAGGAGCGGGCGGAGAAGAACGUGGAGCUGCGGAAGAAAAAGCCCGACUACCUGCCCUACGCAGAGGAUGAGAGUGUGGACGACCUGGCACAGCAAAAGCCCCGCUCUAUCCUGUCCAAGUACGAUGAGGAGCUGGAGGGUGAGCGGCCGCACUCCUUCCGUUUGGAGCAGGGCGGCACUGCCGAUGGCCUUCGGGAGCGGGAGCUGGAAGAGAUCCGCACCAAGCUGCGGCUGCAAGCUCAGUCCCUGAGCAUGGUCGGGCCGCGGCUCGCCUCCGAGUACCUCACGCCAGAGGAGAUGGUGACCUUUAAAAAGACCAAGCGGAAGGUGAAGAAGAUCCGAAAGAAGGAGAAGGAGACGGUAGUGCGGGCUGACGACUUGCUGCCUCUUGGGGACCAGACUCAAGAUGGGGACUUUGGUUCCAGACUGCGGGGCCGGGGUCGGCGCCGCGUGCCCGAGGGAAACGAGGAGGCCCCAGAGGAGGAGGAAGAGAAGGAGCCUGUGUCUCAGCCCCCACCGUCCGAUGACACUCGAGUGGAAAACAUGGAUAUCAGUGAUGAGGAGGAGGGCGGGCCGCCACCUGGGUCCCCAGAGCUGCUGGAGGAGGAUGAGGCGGAGCUGGAGCUGCAGAAGCAGCUGGAGAAGGGCCGCCGGUUGCGGCAGCUGCAGCAGCUACACCAGCUGCGAGACAGCGGCGAGAAGGUGGUGGAGAUUGUGAAGAAGCUGGAGUCCCGCCAGCGGGGUUGGGAGGAGGAUGAGGAUCCGGAGCGGAAGGGGACCAUCGUGUUCAACGCCACGUCGGAGUUCUGCCGCACCUUGGGGGAGAUCCCCACGUACGGGCUGGCCGGCAACCGGGAGGAGCAGGAGGAGCUCAUGGACUUCGAACGGGACGAGGAACGCUCGGCCAAUGGUGGCUCUGAGUCUGACGGGGAGGAGAACAUUGGCUGGAGCACAGUCAACCUGGAUGAGGAGAAGCAGCAUCAGGAUUUCUCUGCCUCCUCCACCACCAUCCUGGACGAGGAGCCCAUCGUGAAUAGAGGGCUGGCAGCCGCGCUGCUCCUGUGUCAGAACAAAGGACUGCUGGAGACGACAGUGCAGAAGGUGGCCCGGGUGAAGGCGCCCAACAAGUCCCUGCCGUCAGCGGUGUACUGCAUUGAGGACAAGAUGGCCAUCGAUGACAAGUAUAGCCGGCGGGAGGAGUACCGGGGCUUCACCCAGGACUUCAAGGAGAAGGACGGCUACAAGCCUGAUGUUAAGAUCGAGUAUGUGGAUGAGACGGGCCGAAAACUCACACCCAAGGAGGCUUUCCGACAGCUGUCCCACCGCUUCCACGGCAAAGGCUCGGGCAAGAUGAAGACAGAGCGGAGGAUGAAGAAGCUGGACGAGGAGGCGCUGCUGAAGAAGAUGAGCUCCAGCGACACACCCCUGGGCACUGUGGCUUUGCUCCAGGAAAAGCAGAAGGCCCAGAAGACCCCGUACAUCGUGCUCAGCGGCAGUGGCAAGAGCAUGAACGCGAACACCAUCACCAAGUGAAGCCGACCUCCCCCCGGGUCCCCUCUCCAACUUUAAUAUUAAAUAAAGUUCCCUCCUUAUUUUUU